AUGACCAACUUGAGGCCGUCACCGCCCAAGCUGGCGAUACCAGCCUCGCACGGCUCGCCGUCUGCAGUUAGUGCUACAAUACAGACAGGACGUCCCUCCAUGUGGAGUAAAUCUGCCCAGAGGAAGAUGACGCGCCUUUAUGUGUAUACCACACUACCAUUGGCCAAGAUUGUCGCUUUGGUUCAUUCUCACACGCCUGGGACGGCGCCUGGUCGUGAGUCGGGCCACAAGAAACUCAACAUCCUCCUAGACAAGGAGCCACGAUGGUUACACCCAAAGACUGAUGAAGAUAUGGACCGUCGCAUAACUGAACUGGCCAACUCUCCCACCAGACUCAAGUCGGCUGAAUAUGCUGCCUUUGGCCCUUCGCGAUCCAUCUCCGACAAUUUGUCGAUAUCCCCCAGCCCUCAGAGACUCGAGACGGAAGACAGCGUGAGCCCAGCGCCUUUUGAUGUCUCGCCUCUGCAUCGACCGGCCGCGGCUUUUGCCUCACACCAGCCAGCAGAUGGAGCCUUGAACUUUUGGGUUUCCCCUGGCGCUCGGUCCUCCAUGGCAAUGUCACCAGCUGAAGAUGCAGCCGAUCCACCGCAUUUCGCAAAGUUCCUCCGCCAGACGACAUGCCUCUCUAACGCCACCAGCAAUACUACUGGUUCGUUCCAACGCGUUCUCUCCGAUUUCUCAGAACCUUACGUGCAGACUGUCAAGAGGCUCGUGAAACGAUUUACGGCUCCAAUGGGUAGUCGGCCCGGCUUGUCGCCUUACUCAGAAGGCAGUUCUGCCAUUGAAACCUGGGCUGAUGAGGAGGAUUGCCCUCCGGAGUUCGAUGGUCGGCCCUUUCCUAUACCAAGCGAUUUCCUAAAUCUGGACGAGUACCAGAGCACGGGAGUGUGCUACUCUACCCAUGAUGUUCAUGAUAGACGCCGAUGUCUUUGUUUCAUGCCUCUGGAUACUUGUGUGCUUCCUUGGGUGACUCGUCAAGGGCUCACACCUGUUGGGCAGCGACUACUGUCCAACGGACCGAGAGAGCAGGAUUUUGGCCCCAGUGAUUCUUUUGGUAACACCGUCUUGCACUUUCUAGCCGCCAGGGGUUCCUACGAGUUGGUUGAGCGUUCCUUGAGGAGUGACUUGUGCAAGUCCCGGAUUGCAGCGAAGAACUCUGCCGGCCAAACGUUCCUUCACGUUCUAAAUGCAUCGAUUCUUAGAAAUCCGGACCAUGUCGAACAUCUGUUGGACAUCGUCACAGCAAGAGGCUAUGACAUUCAUAUGAGGGAUCAUUACGGUCGUAGCUUCUUCCAUUUACUUCAAGCUGGAGGCCACCCAAAAGAGCUUAUCCAGCGUGUCUCACGGCGUUGCGACGGCAACUUCCACAUGGCAAGAGAUGCGUUCGGCUUCACUCCUGCCAGAAAUAGCUCAACCAUGAUGGAACUUGACGAACCAAAUUUCGUCGGGCUUCAAGACUCGUUUGGUCCAGCGGCCUUUACCGACGCAGGGCUUACAAAAGAAAGCAAGCUCCUGGAAAAUGUCCGCAAGGCAAUGCUGAAUCCUUAUCUGCAGGACGAAGAGGGCCGCAAUGGCUUGCAUUGCCUGGCCAUGGCUACUUUGAGUGAGGCUUCUGUGGUCAAUAAGUACCAUCUACAAUCAUCCCAGAGAGACAAGGUCACCAAAAAAGGAGCAAAGCCCGAAAGGGAACUCGAUUCUAGCUCGUCCAAGCUCGGGCUUCGCCUAGGGCUUCUCUCGGGGUUGUUGGACGCUGGCGUUGACCCUAACCAGCACGACAACAACGGCAACACGCCACUGAUGACGUUUGUAGCCGAGCUGCCCGAGGAGGAUGACUACAAGAUUCCGCCUAGAAUCUUGCAGCUGUUAAUCGCCAGGGGGGCGAAUAUCCAUGCCAGAAACAGGCGUGGGGAAACAGCGUUACACAUUGCCGUGCGGUGUGGAAGGAAGCUGGCGAUGAGGGCGUUGUUUGAGAAGGGGGCCAACGUCCACGCCAGAGACUCGGCAGGGAGAAGCCUGCUGGAUGUUGCGGAUGUUAAAAUGCUGCACUGCGACAGCGACGAACACAUGCGCGAGUAUGCCCACUACGAGGCCUGCAGGGCUUGGUUGAGUGGGAAAGGUUUGGCGCUGCAGGGGCCAAGUGUUCUUGAUGAAUGGGGCGGGGGGGUUCGUGCCUAA